GCUAGCAGGCUAACAGGCUAGCCGGAGUCCGUGUCGCUCCGUACCGGGACGUCUGCCGCGGUGUCACCGGACCCCGACACCACCGGCGUGUGCGCCCGCGGCCCACUCCAACAGCCGGUUCCGCGGGGUAGCGGUGUCCCGGUCCGGCGUCUCCAGAGCCGGUUCUCUUGUCUUCUUUCCUCUCGGCGGAGGGGGGCGCAGCGGGGCGGCGAUGGCCUCGGUCCGGGUGGCUGUGCGGGUCCGGCCGAUGAACAGGAGGGAGAAGGACCUGACCGCAAAAUGCAUCAUCAGCAUGGAAGGAACUAAAACCUCCAUCACGAACCUGAAGAUUCCCGAUGGCAUCACUGGAGAUUCUGUGAGGGAUCGAACCAAAACCUUCACUUAUGACUUCUCCUACGAUUCCAUGGACUGUAAGGGCUCCACUUUUGUCUCUCAGGAAAAGGUUUUCAGAGAUCUCGGCUGUGAUGUACUGAAGGCGGCGUUUGAGGGAUACAAUGCUUGUGUGUUCGCCUAUGGUCAGACCGGCUCGGGGAAGUCGUUCACCAUGAUGGGAGCUCCAGGAGAUGCAGGUUUGAUUCCCAGGAUCUGUGAGGGUUUAUUCUCUCGUGUUGCCGAGGCCACGCGAUGGGAUGAGGCUUCAUUUCGGACUGAAGUUAGCUACCUGGAGAUCUACAACGAGAGGGUGAGAGAUCUACUGAGGAGGAAAUCCACACAAACCUACAACCUGAGAGUCCGUGAGCAUCCUAAAGACGGACCCUAUGUGGAAGACCUCUCCAAGCACCUGGUGCAAAACUAUGCAGAUGUGGAGGAGCUGAUGGAGGCCGGGAACAUCAACCGCACCACAGCGAGCACAGACAUGAACGACGUCAGCAGCCGCUCCCAUGCCAUCUUCACCAUCAACUUCACACAGGCCAAAUUUGACGCUGAGAUGCCGAGUGAGACUCUCAGUAAGAUCCACCUGGUCGACCUCGCCGGCAGCGAGCGUGCCGACGCCACCGGAGCCACCGGCGUGCGCCUGAAGGAGGGCGGCAACAUCAACAAGUCCCUGGUCACCCUCGGCAACGUCAUCUCCUCUUUAGCCGACAUGGCGCAGGACAGCGUGAACACCAACCUGAAGAAGAAGUCGGUCUUUGUUCCCUACAGAGACUCGGUGCUAACGUGGCUGCUCAAGGACAGCCUGGGCGGCAACUCCAAGACCAUCAUGAUCGCCACAAUUUCCCCGGCAGACGUCAACUACGGCGAGACGCUCAGCACCCUGCGCUACGCCAACCGAGCCAAGAACAUCAUCAACAAGCCCACCAUCAAUGAGGAUGGCAACGUCAGGCUGAUCCGGGAGCUGCGAGCUGAGAUUGCCCGGCUGAAGGCGCUGCUGGUUCAGGGUAACAAGAUUGCUCUGCUGGACUCUCCCACCGCUCUCAGCAUGGAGGAGAAACUUCACCAGAACGAAGCCCGAGUGCUGGAGUUGACCAAAGAGUGGACCAACAAAUGGAACGAGACUCAGAACAUCCUGAAGGAGGAGACUCUGGCUCUGAGGAAGGAGGGGAUCGGUGUGGUUCUGGACUCUGAGCUCCCUCACCUCAUCGGCAUCGACGACGACCUGCUCAGCACCGGCAUCAUCCUCUACCACUUGAAGGAGGGUCGGACCUUCGUGGGUCGGGAGGAUUCGUCCUCAGAGCCGGACAUCAUCCUGCACGGUCUGGACCUGGAGAGCGAUCACUGCGUGUUUGAGAACCACAAUGGGACGGUGACUCUGGUGCCGCUGGGUGGAGCUCAGUGUUCAGUGAACGGCGUUCAGGUGGCCGAGCCGACGCAGCUCAACCAGGGUGCAGUGAUCCUGCUUGGAAGGACCAACAUGUUUCGCUUCAACCAUCCUAAAGAAGCAGCCCGGCUGAGAGAGAAACGUAAGAGCGGUUUGCUGUCGACGUUCAGCUUGUCAAUGACCGAUCUGUCCAAGUCCUGUGAGAACCUUUCUACUGUGAUGCUGUACAACCCCGGUCUCCUCACUGAGAAGAGCCCCAUCUUCCUCAGGCUGGAGUUCGAGCGACAGCAGCGUGAGGAGUUGGAGAAACUGGAGAUGAAACGGAGGCUGAUCAAGGAGAUGGAGGCAAAGCAGCAGAGCGAGAAGGCGGAGCUGCAACGCCUCCAGCAGGAGGUGGAGACUCAGCGGAAGGAGUCGGAGGAGGUGCAGCAGCGAAUUCUCCGUCAGGAGGAGAGCCUUCGCCGACGCAACCAGGACAUCGAGAGCCGCCUGAGAGACUUCCUGGCCGAGAAGGAGCGCUUUGAGGAGGAGCGGCGCUCUGAAAUCCAGGGGGCGGAGCUAGAGAGCAGGCAGCAGCGCAGGCGGCAGCAGAACGCUGAAGGGGAGGAGGUGCAGAAUGAGGAGCGGCGGCGGCAGGAGGCCGCGGAGCAGACGGAGAUCUACCGCGAGCUGGAGAGGCUGAAGAGGGAGCGCGAGGAGCAGAGGGUCCGUCUGGAGGUGGAGCGGCGGCGGCUGGAGGAGCAGGAGAGGGAGCAGCUGAAUCUGGUGGGGAGGUUGGAGGAGCAGCUGAGGGAGAAACACGAGGCGGCCACCUCCCUGCUGACCAGGGAGGAAGCCCGCCGCCUGGAGGAGGAGCGCCGGGCGCUGGCCGACAUCAGAGAGAUGCUCCUCCGCGCCAAGGAGGCCGCCGAGCGCCCCGAUGUGGACAACUCCGGCGACGAGGCGCACGCCGCCCAGACUCGGUACGUGGACUUCAAGGAGGCUCAGGUGAAGGAGCUGGGCCAGCAGGAGGAGGUGCUGCGGCAACAGAGGGAGCAGCUGGAGAAGGAGGUGGUCGCAGAGCGCAACGCGCUGCUGCUCCUCACCCACAGCCUGAGGGAGCGGCAGCAGCAGCUGAAGGAGGCGCAGGAGAGGGGAGCGCAGGACGCCUCCACAGUGGGCCAGGAGGAGCAGCUCCUCAAGCAGGCAGAGCGCCGGCUGCACUUCAAGGAACGGCAGCUGCUCAGCCUGGCCGACGCGCUCCUCCCCGCGCUGGCCGAGGAGAAGCAGCGCGCCGCCGAGCUCCUGGAGCGCAGCGCAGGAGGCGCCAACGGAAACCCCCCGCCGGGGCUGGACAACACGCUGUACGAGGUGGAGAAGGAGCUGGAGGAGAAGGAGGAGCGGCUGAGCGCGCACUGGCAGAGUGCGCAGCAGCUCCAGCAGCUGCAGGACACCUACGAGUUCACCGCCAACGUGGCACGCCAGGAGGAGAAGGUCCGGCGCAAGGAGAAGGAGAUCCUGGAGUCCAAGGAGAAGCAGCAGAGGGAGGCCAUGGAGCAGGCAGUGGCCCGGCUGGAGAGGAGGCACUCCGCCCUCAGGCGCAGCGUCUCCCUGGAGUCUGACGCCGAGGAGCACCGACACCACAGCGCCACCUGCAGGACGCCGAGGACAGAAGCUGAACGCGACCAGCAGAGGGUUCAGCGUGAGAUCGAGCAGCUCCGUCGGAGGAUCUCUGAGGUUGAGGACAGCAGGAUUCAGCCGACGAGUUCAGAGGAGAAGACAAGUCACAGCAGCUCCCCGGUGACGCAGAGUCUGAACACGCUGCUGCCGCUAUCGGACGACAGGAUCAACGCCUACAUUGAGGAGGAAGUGCAGCGCCGCCUGCGCAGGAUCAACCUCCUGAACGGAGGUGGUGGCAGCAGCAGCAGCAGCAUUCAUCUGUCUGAGUCCUACGACUCUCUGAGAGAUGAUGAAAAGCAGAACCUGAACCCCCGGAGGGUGAAGUACGAGCAUCACCUGGUGUCUCGGCUUCCUGUGACGACCUGCGAUGGCGCUCAUGACCACGUUAAAGUGAGCAUCCCUCGCUACGUUCUGCGUGGUCAGGGGAAGGAUGAGCACUUUGAGUUUGAGGUGAAGAUCAGCGUGGCGGAUGAGACAUGGACCGUGUUCAGACGCUACAGCCGCUUCAGAGAAAUGCACAGAAGCCUCAAACUGAAAUAUCCAGAGUUGGCCGCUCUCGAGUUUCCGCCAAAGAAGCUGUUUGGAAACAAAGACGAGCGAAUGGUGGCCGAGCGCCGGACUCAGCUGGAGGGUUACCUGAGGGGUCUGUUCCAGGUGAUGAGGACAUCUUCGUCCUCUCCUCUCAGACCAUCUGAGGACGGCGAGCUCCAUCUGUCCAAGCGAGACAUCUGCGACUUCUCGCCGUUCUUCAAGAAGGGCGUGUUUGAGUCCAGCAGCCACGGCACUGGCUGACAGACCACCGAGAGGUGGGGACUCCCGGUCCUGGAGGGCCACGGCCCCUUGUGGUUUCAGUGUGCCCGACUGUAAUGAGUGCUGCGUCAUCAGGACUCCUGCAGUACUUCUUGAUACAUCCAUUAAAUGCAGGUGUGUCGGAGCAGGCGAGCAUUGGAGCCGUGCAGGACUGCGGCUCUCCAGGACCCGGAGUGCACACCUCUAGACACCUAAUAAAAGACUGAACUCUACUUGACCUUCUGAGUGACUGUUGCCAUGGAAACACUGUGAUUCAGCAACUUUCUCCAAUAACCUCUGAGCUGAAUGUAAAAGACAAAAGUGAUUUCGGUUCCUCUGUGUCCUCCACUCCACCGUCCAGUCUGUCCUCUGCGUCCCGUCUGGUUGGACACAGGACCGCCUGGAGUUCAGAGCAGAGCCUCCGCUGGCACUCGGUGGUUUCUCAGCCUGACGUCUUGCUUCUUCCAAUUAUUUCAAAUUAUUUUUGAUGCUGCAGAUUGUAAAUUUUCUACUUUUGGAUGUAAAAAGUUUUUUUGUGUGUGUGUCUGUGUGUAUUUUUCAUCGAUCAGACUUGUGUUUCUGCUGAAAGCUUGAUUUUUCUGCCUGAAAUAAACCAGUUGUUCACCUAGAUGAAUAAACAGCA